GCCUCGACGGGCGGCGGCAACUCCAGCCUCCCUCCCAGCGUCCUCCGCCUUUGGGAAACUCAAGGCGAGGGGCCGGCCGGGCCAAGACUAACGAGGGAGGAGGGGAGAGAGGCGCGAAUCCCCCACCCCCUCCCGGGCCGAGGGGGCGGGAGGAGCGCGUCCGGGCCGCCGGCCGAGCCGCGUCUUCCACUCUGCACCUCUUCGCGAGCGGCGCGGGAAGGAUGCUGGUCCGCAAGGGCGCGCGCGCGGGGCCCGGGAUGCCGGGGGGCUGGACCGCGCUCUGCCUGCUGAGUCUGCUGCCCUCUGGGUUCACAAAUACAGACAACUCGACUAGUAUUACCCCGGAGCCAACUAUCCCGGGAAAAAUUUCAGCUCUUACUACAAGUGUAUCCAGCCAGGAAUCCAAAACACCAAGUACCACUGGAAGCACCAGCCCCAGCCUUACCUCUCAGGGCUUCAAUGGGACCACAACAACCAUCUCAGAGACUAGAGUCAACUUGACCUCUUCCCCUGGGACCACCCCAAGCCCUGGAACCACAAACGCUUCUGUACAGCCACAGACCUCCCUAGCCGUGACAGUGCCCACCACCACCUUGGCCAACUUUUCCACUGCAGAGACAACCUUGGAGCCCAGCACAUCACCUGGAAGUAUUUCUAAUCACACACUCAAUAGCACCAGUCCCGAGAUAUCUCCCACUACAUUCUAUAUGUCAUCUGCUUCUACUCCAAGUACCGCCAAGGGAGAAAUCAGAUGCUCGGGAAUCCGAGAAGUGAGAUUGACUCAGGGCAUCUGCCUGGAGCUGAACGAGACCUCCAGCUGUGAGGACUUUAAGAAGGACAAAGGGGAGGAACUGACCCAAGUACUGUGUGGGAAGGAGCAGGCUGACUCGGAGGCUGGGGCCAGGGUGUGCUCCCUGCUCCUCGCCCAGUCUGAGGUUAGGGCUCAGUGCCUGCUGCUGAUCUUGGCCAACAGAACAGAACUUUCCAGCAUGUUCCAGUUUAUGAAAAAGCACCAGUCCGACCUGAGAAAGCUGGGGAUCCGGGAUUUCACCGAGCAAGAUGUGGCAAGCCACCAGAGCUACUCCCGGAAGACCUUGAUUGCGCUGGUCACCUCGGGGGUCCUCCUGGCCAUCCUGGGCACUACUGGCUAUUUCCUCAUGAACCGUCGCAGCUGGAGCCCCACUGGAGAGCGGCUGGGCGAAGACCCUUAUUCCACGGAGAACGGUGGAGGCCAGGGCUAUAGCUCAGGACCUGGGGCCUCCCCCGAGGCUCAGGGAAAGGCCGGUGUGAAGCAAGGGGCUCAGAACGGCACCGGCCAGGCCACCUCCAGAAACGGCCAUUCCGCAAGACAACACGUGGUGGCUGACACCGAACUGUGAUGCGUCCGGGGGGCAGAGUGGGGGGCGGGGUGGUGUCUGCCUCUGUGCGGGCGGCGGCCCCCACCUUGCCGCCUUCCCUUUCCCAGGGUGCACACCUUGGCGGUUUGUGCCUGGGCCCUCCACCCAGGGAGAGGCAGGUGCACCCCUGCCCUCUACACAGCGGCCCUGGGCUUGUGUGGGUCAGGGUGUGAUGGGGAGAAGCCCACGUCCACAGGCAGAGGAGCCCUGGGGGAGGCUUCCCACUUAGAUGCCUUCUUCCUCCCCUCCUCCUCUGCCUCACUGCAGGAACCCCCAGGGCAAAGGAGGGACUUUUCUAGGUUAUUAACUGCCUCCCAGGAGGCUUGGAAUUUUACUGUUUCUUCCUCAUAGUUUCUUUCUCUCCUCUAGGGAAACCAGAGCCACCCUUUGCAGCUGCUCCCUUGUCACAGUAUAGCCAGCAAAAAACGUGUUGUCUUAAACCACUCCCUGUAUCCCUCUUCCAAAGACACUGUGGGCUGAGUCACCAGCUCGGGGCUUGCUCUCCAGGCCCCUGCAGGGCCCUGGUGCACCCCCUAUCUGUGCUCGGAGGCCUGCCCUGUCUUCUGGCUGCAGUCGGGAAUGGGGUCAAAUGGCUCCGUCCUGGCCUUGCCGAGGCCCCCAGACAUUCUCCUUUGCUCCUUUUCCUCCUGGUUCUGAGUGGACUGGACCCUGGGAGCCGGUCCUUGAGCCGAGCGUCUGGACCUGGCUUCUCCGGGGAAUCGCUGAGCUCCGAAGCCAGGCCCCAGCCUCCCACUCUGGCCUCCACGGCUUCCUCCUCCCUCCCUGACUCCUGGGUUGAGCUGUGGCCUCAGUCCCCCAGCAGAUUCCUUUCCGUCUCCUCCCCUCCCACACUCCUUCACUGCCCUGCACCUGCGUGGUCAGAGCCCCAGCACACCCCAGUGGGCCCCUCCCACACUGCCUCCUCUGCGGGUGGCCCUGUUCCCUGUUGUCGCCGUCAUUUUUCCAGAGGGGUGAGCAGGGAUCCUGGUUUCAAUGACGGCUGGAAAUAGAACUUUCCAGAAAUGAGAGGAUUGGGUGGAUUUUUUUUUUUCUGAAUAAAAAUCAGUGUGUGUAAAUACUGUAAUUAAAGCAAUCCCAGACCACCA